AUGGCACAGUCAUAUGCUGAUGCAGUUAAGAAGAGUAUUGACGAAGGAGAUAGAACAGAAAAUAUGGAAGCAGAUUUGGUUACUGACAAAGAUCGCGCCAACAGUCGUUCCCGAAGUGUUCAACCAUUUCAAGUUGAUUUUGAUGAUCAAAAGAUGGAAAAUCAUGACGCUACAUUACUCGGCUCUAAACCUGAAAUUCAAGACGAACCACAUAAAAAGGCGCGAGGACAGGGAGGUGGCAAAGUUUCAAGAAGAACAAUUGCCCUAAGUGUUGCUGUUGAUAUUGCCCUUGCUGGCAUUCUUGUGCGCUGGGUAUUUAAAAGGCCUUCUAUCAAUAAAAUUAAUGCGGGAUUAGGUGCUAUUGGGCUGUCAUGCUUUUACGGAUUUCAGUGUAAAGUUUUCACGAUAGGGAAAAGAAAACGGAAAUCGAAAGAAAAAAGUAACGGCGAAAUGUCUCAAAUGCCAGAAGGAGAUGAUGAUUAUGGCUAUGAUCCAAUGAAUAUGGACGAAUACGAUGAUGGACAACUUGAUGGUACUGCCGGACCUUCGUAUAAUCCUCAGUCAAGUUACGGUAUAAGAGAAGCUGGCGGCUAUGAUGAAGGUUUCUUCUCGGGGCCCGUACAUCAGCAGCAUCAUAAAGGUGGUCAUCAUCACAGGCAAAACCAGCAAAGUGAUAAAACUGUUGACCAGGAUUUCUUUAAUGAUUUUCCUGAUGAUUUCGAUGACGAAGAUUUGAAAUAA